GCUUGGAUGCUGGUCGUCCUGAAGAAAUUGACCAGGAAGAGACUCAGGCAAUCACAGUGGCUAUGGAUGAUCCUCGCGGCUGUCUUCUGGGCCCUGCUGUUCGAGCAGAGCAUUCUGAAAGGAGGAGCGGCAGCCACACGCGACACUUUGCGGAAAUUCAAAGGGCUGCAGAAGUUCUCCGAGAGCUGGACACGUGGCACCAUCCACGAGAGCCGUACACGGUACGUUGCUCCAUGUGCCCAAUGGAUUGUGAACAUCUUGCUGGUGGUUGCUUCUGCCACUUACAUCGAUAUGCUUUUGAUGACGUUUGCCGCUUUCUGCCUGCAGCUGUCGGGAUGGAAAGAGGCAAUGCCGCUCUCCAGAGACUCCCAGACGAGCGGAGAAGAGAGGAGGACGCCCGUCUCCUUCCCACCUUGUUCGGAAGGAGCCGAACUUGGGGGAGGAGAAGGCUGUCAUGGGGGGGAUGGUGCGGAUGACGAGGGGACGGGAAGAAGCGGACAGGAUGGUCACGAUCCGGAGGUAGAGCGGCAGCUAUCGAGGGAGAGGGAGCCAUGGUUUCCGAAAGUGCUGGUGCAGAUCGCCAUGUACAACGAGCGGGAAUGCUACAAGCUGUCCAUCGGAGCCUGUGCGCGACUGGAUUGGCCGCGCGAUCGACUGCUCGUCCAGGUGCUGGACGAUUCCGACAAGGAGGAGAUGAAAUCUCUAGUGGACGAGGAGGUAGAGCGAUGGGUGAAGGAGGAGGGGGUCAAAAUGGUCGUGAAUAGGCGCACAGACAGAAGCGGCUUCAAGGGGGGGAACCUCAAGAGCGGGUUUGAGGCGCCUUACGCGAACGAGUACGAGUUCAUUGCCGUGUUCGACGCUGAUUUCCAACCCGAACCGGACUUCCUGGCACGGACUAUUCCGUUUUUCCGCGACGAUCCCAAGGUGGCGUUGGUUCAGGCUCGGUGGGAGUUCAACAACUCCUACCAGAACAUUUUGACUCGGACGCAGCUGAUCGACAUGUCCUACCACUUCGCAGUCGAGCAGCAGGUUCAGGCAGCGACGGGGCUUUUCUUCCAAUUCAACGGCACGGCGGGCGUGUGGAGAAGGUCAGCCAUCGUCGACGCAGGGGGGKGGUUGACUCGCACCACAGUGGAGGACAUGGACUUGUCCUUCCGAGCAUUCUUGCGCGGGUGGAGGUUCAAGUACCUAGACCAGGUGCGCGUAGUGUCGGAGAACCCAUCGAGCGUCCGUGCGUACUCUCGCCAGCAGCACCGCUGGUCUGCCGGACCUGCACGCUUGCUAGUCCUGGUCUUCGCGGAUAUCCUCCGCUGCAAGCAUCUGUCCUUCUCCAACAAGUUUCACAUGCUGGUGAUGUUCAUAUUCUUCCGAAAGAUUGUUGCUUCCAUCGUCGGAGCUGCGCUGGCUUUCCUCGUACCCCUGCUCUUCGUACUGAUCCCUGAGCUUACCCUUCCUCUGCCCAUCGCUCUCGUCGCCAUCAGUCUCGGGGCAGKCGUUGCUCGGAUACUGUCUGGGCGUCAGGAAUCGCUUCUUGCGUGUCUUCCCRUCGUGGCUCCUUACAUUUGGGUCGCGAGUUCCGUCUCUGUGACGAAAGCAAUUGGCUGCGUGCAGGGACUGUUGGACCGACCCGAGGCUAGCGAAUGGGUUGUGACGGAGAAGACGGGAGGGGGAGGGGGGCAGGGAGAGUGUGAGGAUGAUGAAGAAGACGGAGAAAAAGCAGGAGGAGGAGGAAAAGUAGGAAGAAAGGCAAGACAAGGAGAAGGGGAAGAAGGAGAAACGGACUCUUUGCUUUCUGCUCACAUAUACGAUUUGAAAAUCGUCCCUGUAUCGAGUUCCUCAGGUGGGGGGGACAUCGAACUCGGCCGGACUGACAAAGCGACGGUGGGAACACACCGUCCUCCGCCGCCGGGUGCGCAAUACCUUCCGCCGAAGAAGAAGAAGGCAAGGACCAUUUUGAGGGCCCAACUAUGUGUGGCAGCCUUGCUGGUGUUGUGCUCCUUUCCUGCGUUCCUGUCCGCGCGUACGCUCUUUUUCUACAUGUUCUUCCAGGGCGUUGUCACCCUAAGCUUUGCAUGCAGCUGUAUUGGAGACGACUGAGAUGAUCAGACAGACAGACAGUAGUUAGUUAACGAGAUUCCGCGAAAAAAAUAGCGUCGCCCGCUGCGCUAGGUGGAGACGA